AUGAUUUCUCGCGCUACAGUUAAAAAAAUCAUUAAGUCUCAUCAAAAUAAAGCUUUAAGUAAGAAUGUUGAUAUUAUGAUUUAUCUUGCUUGUAUUUUAUUUCUCAAACGAUUGGCUGAAGGAGCUAAUGAAGCAAGUGGAAAUGGUAUAAUUCAACAAAGACAUAUUUUAGCAGUUUUAGAGAAAGUCUUACAAGAAUUUAAAGGACAAUAA